AUGUCGAAGAUUGCGCUUAUUACGGGGAGUACGCGGACACCUCGUGCUGGAGACCACGUCGUCAAUUGGGUCCACGACAUCCUCAAGACCCGCCCUUCAGACAACCUCACCAUCGAACCCCUCUCCAUCGCGGAUUUCAACCUCCCCGUCUACGACGAACCCGUAAUGCCCGCCCUCGUCCCCGCCGUUAAACAAUUCACGCACGAGCACUCCAAGAAAUGGUCUGCGGCCAUCGCCUCCUUCGACGGGUACAUCUUCGUCAUUCCAGAGUACAACUACGGCCUUGCAGGCGGGACCAAGAACGCCAUCGACUACCUGAAGAACGAGUGGCCAGGGAAACCCGUUGCGAUCAUCAGCUACGGUGUGCAUGGCGGGGGGAAGGCGAAUGAGCAAUUGGCGCAGAGCUUGAAGGAGGUCAUGCUGAUGAAGGUUGUGGGGACGAGGGUGGAGCUUGCGUUUGCGGCGGGGCUGAUUUGA